AUGGGCUUCUGGAGGCCCCAUUCUCCGGCCAUCCCGUCCGUGCCGCUGAUUCAAGCUAUGGAGUGUACCUCGUCACCGGCGGUUCUCAAUUCCACCACGCCCGAGGCUUCAGAGAUGGCGCCUCGUUCCCCGACACAGGCCAUCCGCAAGCUACAAAGCAGUGCUGCCCUCUUCUGCACCGGCUCUGCUUCUGUUGACCUAGCACGUUGCCUCCUUCAGCUUUACGUUUCUUUCCUCGUGCUUCCGCUCGACACCGUUGUCCUCGUCGGCGUUACUGUUUUGGCAGUUCUUCCUCUUCCCGUCAACGAACCGCGGCAUCAACGCCGACGCCUGCUCCAAGAUGCCCAUUUCUAUCCGAAAACCGUCCUCAUCACCGGCGUGGGAACAGCCCGCGGACUUGUCCUUGCCCGUCAGUUCCACUACGCCGGCCACCGGGUAGUAGGCGGCGACGUAGGCUUACCGCCGAUCCGCUCCGGUGGCAGCACGUCCAACGCGUUGAGCGUUUUCUAUCGCAUCUCCAAAACGCAAUAUGUCAGCAACCUCAUCGAUAUCAUCAACCGAGAGAAGGUCGAUAUCUGGAUCCCAUGCUCGGACCGGGCCUCUGCAGCGGAAGAUGGUGUCGCCAAGGGAACCAUCGAGAGCCGAACGAGCUGCAAGUGCGUCCACUUCGACGCAGAGUUCGCCACCUGUUUUGCUCAGAAAAGCCUGUUCCUCCAGUACGUUUCGGACAAGGGCUUGCCAGUCGCGGAACGACAUGACGUGCGGUCGCGCGAUUCUAUCCACCGGAUCCUCAACCGGUCUCCGCACAAGAUCUUCCAGAUUCGGAAGUUGGGAUCCCCGCUGAAAGGAAAAGCAAAGGACGUGAUCAUCUUGCCAAAGAAGACGCUGAGUCAGACAUAUUCGGAUGUCAGCGAACUGACAGUCACGAAGGAGCAUCCCUGGAUUCUCAAACAACGCGGCCGGGUUGGCAAGUAUUGGGCGGAUCUGCUUUUGAUCCAAGGCCAGCUGAAGGCGCUGAAGGUUCGCCCGCUUCGUCGUGAAAUGAGCUGGGGCCUGUCGCGCCUGGACGAAGGACUGUAUGCGGCGAUGGAGCAGCUGAUGGAAAGAUUCGCGGAGAAAGGAGGGACCAGACUGACGGGACAUUUGUCCGUCAAGCUCCUGGUGGAUGAAGAAGUCAGUGCGCACGCUGUGCGGUAUGCCACCUACAUUGCUGGCUGUCGACAGGGCACUACGGCUGUCGGUGGUCUUCUGGACAACCCACCGCCUGACCUCUACCAACGGUAUUUGGAGGUCUUGAAGCCCGAGACCAACGGAGUCGAUUCGAAACCAUCAGAGAAGUCGCCAGCCUCCACCGGGCAAUUGGCAGUUCAGAGGCCGCUCUGGCUCCCUAACGCGGUAGAAUACGCCCUGAAGGAGCUGCGACGGCUACGACAGGCAUCUAAAACUGUCGACGUACUGGCCGAGCAGCUGGAACAGCUUCUGCUGGGGGACAACAGUCGGUUCUCACGACUCGAUCCUGUGCCAUGGUGGUGGCACCGGCACGUUAGUCGGCCGCUGAACGACCUCAUCCUCCUCUACGAUCGAAACGUCGAGGCGCACGUGAAAAGAUUCCCGUGA